UGUAAAUAUAUCUAAAUUUUUGCAAUGUUUACAUCAAAUCUUAUAUCAAAAUCUAAAUAUCUUUUCGGAUGUCUGAUAAAUAGACAUGAUAAUAAUUACUUUAGAUGUUAUGCGAAAUUUAAAGAUGAUAACAGGGAUUGCAGGAGAGCUAUUGUAGAUAUACCAGAUAAGAAGGAUGAAGUGUGUCCCGGGCCUUGUGAGAGAAGAAAGAAAAAGAAGGGAAUUCUACACAAGAUCAAAUUGAAAAUAAUUGAAGGAGGCACUAACUUUGGAACGCCAUUUCGUGAAUUGCGUUGUGAAGAAACGAAGAAUGAGAGCAAGAAGAAAGCGGCGGCACAGAUUGUGUCGGAGGGUCAGAAGGCGCUGCCCGCCCCCCUGCGCAAACCCCUCCCGUUGCCCGCGCCGCGCCCCGGGGUUCAGGUAUCGCUGCUUGGCGCUGAGACCACCGUAGGCCAGUACACAGCGCUCCUGCUAAAGCAAUGUCCUUGUAUUAAAAAACUACGCCUAUACGAGGCACAUUGCCCCGUGCCGAACUGCGAUCGCGACCUGUGCCAAGUGGUGGAAGACCUACAGCACAUCAACACCAACUGUCACAUCCAAGCAUUCAGCUGCACCUGCUGCGACCUGGAAAGAUGUUUGCAGAAUACGGAUUUAGUGCUUAUUAUGGAUGGAGCUUGCAGUACGGAUUCGUACGAGAAGCGAUUCAGCGAUCAAGCGGCAAUGGUGAAGCGAUACGCGGACGUGAUCGCUAAUGAGUGCCCUAAGGCAUUCAUUAUAGUCGGCGCUACGCCUAUCGACUGCAUGGUACCUUUGAUGGCCAAGGCACUAUCAGACAUGGGUUGGUACAGUCCCCGUCGACUUUUAGGCUCCCUCGCGGUCCCCGAGAUGAGAGCAAGUACCUUGGCCGCAAGGGCCCUGUGCCUGGACCCCUCCUACUGUAAGGUGCCUUGCGUCGGUGGAACAGAAGGCGAGGCUUUGGUGCCGUUAUUCUCCAAAGCUGUUGAAUACUUCGAUUUUACUAGGCAUAACGCUGAAAUGCUAACGGAGACAGUGCGCACGUCUCCAGCUGCGAUGACCCGAGCUGACGGGGAAUGCGUGCGCGCGGCUGAGCUGAGCGAGGCCCAUGCUCUCGCCGGCCUUGUCUCCAAAGUGGCCAAUGCCCUCAUAUGUACAGAUAUACCGCAUGUCACUGGAUACUGCCAGAUGGACCCGGGGCAGGUUAUUUGCAGUUCGAGAUUUUUAGCCAACUUGGUGGAGAUCAAUGGAUCAGGGAUCACGAAGAACUUUGGAUUGCCUAAAUUGUCGGAUACGGAGGUCACGCUUAUGAAUGUAGCGAUGAACGAAUUAUGUUACAAAGAACGUUUGGUGUGCGAGUGGUACAACAAAUACUGCAGUUCUUCCUGCCGGUUAGAAGCAUCGCAGUUGCACUUCUUCACGCCGAAACAUUAUGACAGAUUCGAUGAUUGCGCGUACGCUAAUAUGUAAAAAUAUAC